AACACAUAUAUAUAUAUAUACAAAUAUAUAUAUAUUUAUCUUAUAAAAUAACCGCCAGAACGUUUCUCUUUUCAAAGGCCAGCCUCUUCUUCCCCGUGUGAUUUUUUUCUCCCUCCUCCCAUUUACACAGAUUCCGUGGGCUUUCUUACCUCCUUUUUUAUAUAUACAUAUAUAUACACAUAUAUAUCUAUAUCUAUACUGAUAUAGAUAUAUAGAUAGAGAUUUCUCUCGGAUAGAUACCAUUAUUUAUUUAUUUAUUACUAUUAUUAUUAUUAAUAAAUAUUAUUAUUAUUAGAGGAAAAUAUUAUUAUUAAUAUUAUUUUUAAUUAUUCUUCUUAACCUACCCCCUACACACACACACACUCAGACACACGGCCCAAGAAUCAGAAGGCGGUGGGGUCUUUGUAGAAUGAAGAAUUAUGGGGCUGUUUGACCGAGGUGUUCAGAUGCUUUUAACCACCGUUGGUGCUUUCGCUGCCUUCAGCCUCAUGACCAUAGCUGUGGGGACCGAUUACUGGCUUUACUCCAGAGGGGUUUGCAAGAUGAAAGGGACCGGGGAGAACGAGACCAGCAAAAAGAACGAGGAAGUCAUGACCCAUUCUGGAUUAUGGAGGACCUGCUGCCUGGAAGGAAAUUUUAAAGGUCUGUGUAAGCAAAUCGAUCACUUCCUCGAGGACACAGAGUAUGAAGCCGACACAGCAGAAUAUUUCCUCCGGGCUGUAAGGGCCUCUAGUAUUUUUCCGAUCCUGAGUGUGAUUCUGCUUUUCAUGGGUGGACUCUGCAUUGCAGCCAGCGAGUUCUACAAAACCCGACAUAACAUCAUCCUUAGUGCCGGCAUCUUCUUCGUGUCUGCAGGUCUGAGUAAUAUAAUUGGCAUCAUUGUGUACAUAUCAGCCAAUGCUGGAGACCCCUCGAAAAGUGACUCCAAGAAGAACAGUUACUCUUACGGCUGGUCUUUCUACUUCGGAGCCCUGUCCUUCAUUAUAGCCGAGAUGGUGGGAGUGCUGGCCGUACACAUGUUUAUUGACCGGCACAAACAGCUGCGUGCCAGUGCUCAUGCCACGGACUACCUCCAGUCCUCUGCCAUCACCCGCAUACCCAGCUACCGCUACCGCUAUCAGAGACGCAGUCGCUCCAGUUCCCGUUCCACUGAGCCUUCACACUCCAGGGAUGCCUCUCCUGUCGGGAUCAAAGGGUUCAACACCCUCCCCUCCACGGAGAUCUCGAUGUAUACCCUGACCAGGGACCCCAUGAAGGCUGCUACUACCCCUACCGCCACCUACAAUUCAGACAGGGAUAACAGCUUCCUCCAAGUUCACAACUGUAUCCAAAAAGAAAACAAGGACUCUAUCCACACUAACACAGCCAACCGCCGGACCACCCCUGUAUGAAGCCGUCGAGAGGGGGCUGAAAAUGGGGGGCGGGGAAGGUGGGAGUGGGAUUUGGGUGCAGGAAGGGAGGGAGCAGCAGGGGAGGGCAGCGGGGUGGGGAGAGGAGAAAGCAACCAUGGGGAAACCUUCCAAACGCAAAAAACAAAAAGAAAAGAAAAGAAAAACAUAAGUGAAACUUCCAAAAAGAAACAAAAUGCUGAAAAAAAACAGAAAAAGGGGGGAAAACUUUUUAAAAAAUCAAGAGAAAUAAAUUUAAAAAUAUUAAAAAUAGAAAAUAAAUUUAAAAGAAAAUGCAUGAUUUCCCAUGUACCAUUAUUUUAACAUUUAAUAAAAACAGAUUUAAAAAAGGAACCAAGAAAUAACAAAAAAUGAAUAAUAAUUUUUAAAAACCAAGUGGGAAGAAGAGGUGGCAGCUCUUUGGAUUUGGGGGUGGGGGUACUCUUUAAGUUUGUUUUUCUUUUGUUCUGUUUUUUAGUUUGUUUUCUUUCUGCUUUUAACCCACUGUGGACUUGCAGGUUCCUGAGCAUCUCCAGGCAGUAGUGAACAUGCAGUGACGUUGGUGUCUCUGCAAAUGCCUUUCUGCACAGUUGUGUUGGGGCCUGCCUGAAGUCACUCCCUGCAGCCCUUGGAGUGGCUGGUGAUUCAACACGUCCUUGUCAGGUCCACAGGGCUUAACAGUAACCUUUCUGCCCUUGAGGGUUCGAAGGGUUAAUGCUGAUUCACUCAUUUCUAGGUCUCAGAAAGUUCAGGCUGAUCCACUCAGCCUCACUACUGUGUGGCUGUCCUGGGGUUAAACAGUGACAUUGCAAAAAAACGAAAAAAAGCUUCAUAAAAAAAGUGGCAAUUUUUUAAUAAAAGAAAACUAACUAUAAAUAAAUGUAAAUAUAAUAAGUGGA